CGUGCUUACAUGCUGCCGACGUCGGGCGGGGGCGGCGACGGAAAGGCCAAGUACAAGAACCGAUAUGAAGUACUUCAACAGACGUACGAGGAGCGGCUGCAGAGCCUCAGCGACAUGUUCCAGAAGUCUCUGGAUGAGAUCCACGGGGAUGAAUCCCUUGCGAUUCUGCAGCAGGACAACGUGUCGUCCGACUAUGUGGGGGUGCGCGUGCUCGAAUUGGUGGGUCAUGCUCUCCGGGACGAGAAGGAGCACUUCAUUCGCACCUUGACCGCCAAGCUAGCCAAGAAGGAUGCCAGUCUCAAGGAACUUGUACGGGAGAAGGAAGGCAUGACGAUGCAGAGAAAGGCCAUGCUGGACGAGAUGCAUCAAGUAGCAUCCCACGUGGAAGCAUUGCAAGCGCGGUACACGGCCAUGUCCACCGACACGAGCGCCGCAGACGCGGAAGUCCAACGCCUUCGUCACGAGAACCAAAGCUUGAUCGAGGAAUUGUCGGCGCGGGACAGCGACCGCGCCAAGUGGGACGACGAAAGGCGGGGGUUUCUUCUCAUGCAGCAGGACUUGGUGCGUUUGCAGGCGAUUCACGCCAAGGACGCGGCAUUCUACGCGGACGAACGCGCGACGUCCACGGCAUCGAUCGAUCGACUGACGGCAAAGGUGGACGACCUCGAGCAAAGUCGGGCCGCGUCCACGGCCGAGUGCACGACGUUGCGCUUGGCCGUGCAAGAGAAGAGCAUCGAGUUCAUGCACGCUCAGGACGCCAUCGCGGCGCUCCAAGCACAAGUCCAAGCGUUAAGUCCGCUGGAAGCCCAAUUAACCGAGCUCCGCGCGACCCAUCAAGCGAAACUCCAUGAAGUGGACAUGCAGCUGUGGGAAGCUCGGCGCAAGUACACGGCCGUAGGCGACCAAGUCCAAGGGUUAAUCCAUGAUCACGACCUCGAUCGAGCGCAGUUGGUCGCGACCCACGAAAACGACCGCGCCGUUGCCGCCGACGCUCUCCGAAUGUGCGAAGAGCGUUGCCAGCAACUCGAAGCAUCAUCUGCUGCCCAAUUGGCGGCAUUACACGCGAAAAUCGAGCAUCAAGAUGGGAUAAUCCAAGAAACCACGCGGCAAUUGCAUGCCGCCCGCGAACAAGUCGAGCGAAGUAUGGCGGAGCGCGCGGCUUCGGAUUUGGAAAUGCAAGCCGCGACGGCAAAGCAAGCUCUGCAAAACGCACUUGACAAGGAAAAGAACGCUCGCAGCACACUCCAAGACCAGUUUCAGUCGUACAAACGCGUCGCGGAUGGUAAAAUGCAGGCGCUCCAAGCUGCGUUGCAAGCCAAACAAGAUGCAAAUGAUCGACUGGAACAAGCCGAGAAGCGCAUGCUGCAGUGGCAAGAUGAUGCUAUGAAGAAGCAUGACAAGCUGGUUCAAACUAUAAAGACAAGGUACCAAGCGGCGGCAAAAUCCACGGAAGACUGUGACGCUCGUAAAGCAGACUCAGCCUCUCGCCAAGAACUGGACGUGUUGAUCCAGGCCAAGGUGGCAGAAUGUACCGCAAAGCACGACGUACCAGGGGAGUUUAUCCGGAUGAGCCAACACAAGGCUGAAUUGGACAAGAUGGCGCUGCAGCUGCAAUCGGCCCACGUUCAAGACAAAAUUCAGUGGGAAGACAACCAGAAACUGCUAUUAGAUGGCAGAUUGGACAGUCUACGUACAGAAAUGGACACGUGGAAGGCCCAGUUGUCAGAGGAAAAGGUCAAGCGAGACGAGCUCCAAGCUGCGUUAAUGCACGAACAUAAGCAACAUAUGGACACCCGCGAAAGGUUGGACGAACAAGCCAUGGCCAAGACGAUUCUCGUGCAGCGACUGGAACAAGCCAAUGUAAACGUGGGGCGACUCAAGGCGCUGGUGGUGGACCAGCAAUCGGCGCUGCGGGAUUGGGAGACGAAAUUUGCCACCUUGCGACGCGAUUACGACGACAGCCAAUCAAAUGUGGCCACGUUGACCGUCGAGUUGGGUCAUUCCACCGAAUGUGUGACACAGGUGAAAAGUGACGUGGAGAUGCAUAUCCAGUCGAUACAUGAGCUCCGAACCAACCAGACGGCAGCAUCUGACGCCCUGCUGUCGAAGCUCUGUGACAAGGACGCGUCACUGGCGUCGUUGCAAGAGAAGCUACAUGUCACGCAAGUCACUCAAACGAGUUUACUCAGUCAAGCCAAAGCCGACUUUAGUGCCAAGGAACUCGAGUGGACCGGUCAAGUGACCGAAUUACAGGCCAAAGUGGACGUUCUGACCAACGAAAUCCACAUCCAGACUCUAGCGCAUGCUGAAUCUGAAGAUAAAAUCCAACAACUGGAGGCCGAUGUGGACAGAUGGCGCCAGGAAGCGGACCAGAAUCAGGUGGAAUUGGCCAGUCUUCGCCUUAAAAAGCGCCAAAUUAAACGGACCCUCGAGACCAAACUAGAUGAAGUGCAUGCCACCACCACCCACGCUCAAGACAAGUGGAACCACCAGGUGCAAAUGCAAGAGAAGGCGAGAUUGUACCAGUGGACACGAUACAUUGCCGUCCUCACGACCAAACUGGCCGCGUUGAGAGGGGACUUGAGGACGUGCCACGUCACGAUCCAGCAACUUCUAGAGCAACAACAGCCCCAUAUACAAUACUUAGCAGUGCAAAUCCAGGCCAAAGCAGCCACGUUACUCCAGAACUUGCACUCAAAGUAUACCCAGCAACUGUCAGAUGAAAACCAGAAGUGGCAGCAACGAUACGACAGCGAUUUAGACCAACUUGGUCGCCAACAUGCACAUGACGUGGCACUUUUGAAGCACUCCCACGACACUGAGUUGCUCCAACGAGUCGAAUUAUACCAAGCAACGACUGCAGCAACGCAAGUCGAGAUGGCGGCGAUGAUCAAGGAGAGAGACGACGAGUUAGAAGCGGUCAAAGUGAAGAUGGAUGGACAUUUGAGAAAUGUGCAGUUUCUGGAGAAAGAGCUCGAGUUCGUGAGCAACGGACGGGCCAAAGACGUGGAGGAGCUGAAAAAGUGCCACGUCAUAGACAAGCAACUUCAACUUGAUACAUUCCAAGCAGCGAUUGGUCACGUGCAAACCCAGCUAAGCGACGAGAACCUCAGGUUCGCAGCACUUUGCCAAGCUCUGACUCGAAUUGCUCGCCAAGUUGCUCAGCCACACGAUGAAGACUGGGCCGUCACCAUCUUGGCCGAGUCAGCGGUGCCCAAGUUCAAGAAAGCGGUGCAGAAAUGGAUGGAUGAGAUAAUUCAAAGGAUUUUAGCCAAUCAAAACGCCGCCAUCGCAGCGGCCACGCGGCCGUUGCAGGACGAAGUGGCACGGCAUGUCUUGAGAGAUAAGUCCACAUCGGAGCUAGCAAUGCCCUUAGUGCCGAAUAUGGCCGAAGAAUUAGCUGCCGCGAAACUAACGAUCGAGCGGUUAACUGUUAGUUGCAACCACUUGCAAGACCUAGUAACGACAGCGUCGCAGGAAAAAAGCCAACUUGAACGCACAUGCGACCAACUUGAGAACGAUAAACUGGAGCUGCGUACAUAUUUGGACUUGGCAGAUACCGCCCGACAGACGGCGCAAGUGGAUUUCUCCACUCAACUCCAGCAUGCAUUCAACCAAUCAGAAGAAACUCUGCAUCAAGUCAAGACGGCGGCAUCGCAUGAAAUGGACCGACUCAAACGGGAAUGCGAUCAAGCGGUACACAACAUGCAAGAAGAACUGGACCACCAAACUCGACAAGUGACCAAGUUGAAGGUCGCGAUGGCCCAUCAGGAAAAGCAAUGGAAAGAAGACGUCCAAGCGUUGGUGCGACGCAACCACGCCCUCGCCAAAGCCGCUCGAGACGAGAGCUUUGAGCCGAGGAGUAGAGCCGCGAAGGAUGGAGAUCGACGGAUUCGAAAGGCUCCGACUAGUAAUACUACUAGUAUGCGGGAGCUGUCUGUGCUCAUGGAGACCAACCUGCACGCGUCCCGCCAGAAGUUUAAUGCUAACCAGAGGCAUCGCGACGACAAUGACAGUUAACAGUUAAUGCGAUAUGGAAU